AUGAGUGGGCUCGGGCCGCCAGGAGUGUGGGCCGCCCAGAAGAGGCUGGAGUCGUGGGCUAGGGCGGCGAGAGAGAGGACUUCGAGCGCCAGCAGUGGACAGAGCCACAACUCCACGGACAGCUUCGGCGAUGACAAAUCUCACAGCAGCCCUAGCGAGAUGCUCAUACCGAAGGAGCACUGCCGUGUGCAACCGCUAAGCGAGGUCCGCACCGCCAGCUCCCUACCGCAUGCUCGACUGGCGCGCACCCCGUCGAUUUCAUCUCAGAGCAGCCUCGACAGCGGCACUUCGAGGGCCACGAGCCAUCGCGGUUCUUCCCCGGCGAUCCGCACCUUCGCCCCGGACGGGCGCACGCUGGAGGCGGGAGGCGCGGGGGUUCCCCGCUCGCCGUCACCGCUGCGCGCCGCCUCGCUGGACGUGCGUGCGGCCACCCACGCCCACGGCUCCCUGGCCUCGCUGGCUGACUCCCCAGCCCCGCCGAGCCCCAGGCACGUGCCCCCGAGGUGCCUCUCGCCCCUAUUGAUGCCGCCGAGACGAAUAGACCGCAGCAACUCUUUGGUCGAGAGCAGCAGUGGAUCGGGACCUCUUAGCCCCGGUGCCGGGGCCACCAUCAGCGCUCUCGGAGCCCUGCAGCCAGAUCUCUACACCAAACGCGAAGCGCCCCUCGUCAUCGAACUGGAAGGUGCCGGCCCUUCCUUGGGCAGAAUCCAUCUCCGUUUGAAAUAUGACUUCGAUAGAUCAGAUUUGGAAGUACAUCUCAUAGAAGCGCACGAUUUGGCUGGCUACGAGGCGGGCGGGUUCAACGACCCCUACGUGCGAGUAAGCUUAAUGCCGGAGGUGGACACCCGCGUGCGCCAAACGCCGGUACAUAGGAACGAGGCGAACCCAUUCUUCGACCAGCACUUCAAGUUCCCAGUGUCUCACGACGAGCUCAGCGAUAAAACGCUGCUUCUACAAGUGUUCGACUACGACAGAUUCUCCCGCAACGAGGUAAUGGGCUCAGCCAAAGUGCCUCUGUCACGCGUGGAGGUCGCUGGCGGAGCGGAGGUCUGGGCGGAGCUGUCGCGAGAGCGGCGCCCGCCAGAAGAGCUGCAAGAGCUGUUGCUGUCCCUUUCCUACCUUCCUUCAGCAGAGCGGCUAACUGUGGUCGUGUUGAAGGCAAGAAACCUGCUACCACCGCAGGAAGGAAAAGACGCCUUCGACGUAUACGUCAAAGUGUAUCUCCUUGUGAAUGGAAAACGGGUAAAAAAGAAGAAGACAAACAGGAAAGAAAUAAAUAAUCCCGUGUGGAACGAAGCUCUUUCCUUCAGCCUGCCUUCUGGCAAUCUUCAGGAAGCGUCUAUUGAGGUGUGCGUGGUGACUGGCGGCGGCAGCGGCCUGGUGGUGGGCUGGUGCUGCGUGGGCGCCGCCGAGCCGGCCGCAGAGGGCCGCCACUGGGCGCAGAUGGCGCACGAGACGCGCAAAGCGGUCGCCAUGUGGCACACGCUUAGA